GUUUUGUCAUCAAUGGAAAUGCGAACACAAAAAGCCGCUGCAAUGUAUAUCAAGAGAAAAAUGCGAAUACAGAAAUAAGUUAGAUGAUUUGCAAUUAUUAUAUAGUGGUAAAUGUAAACACAAAUCACAAUGCCAAAGUGUAAUGGAGUGUCGAAAUAAAUUUAAAAGGAAAUGGCAAACUGAAAACAAUUGCAAACUCGAAUGGCGAAAACGGUAUGAUCAAGAAUUACUUAAAAAGAGUCUAGAAGUAAUUUCGGAAAGGCGGACAGGAUGGUUAGAAUUUUUUCAGGCUUGCGAAAAUAAUCAUGAAAACCUGAUUUCGAGUUUCUUAUUGUACACGUCAGAAAAUUCAAAUCCCGAUCUAGAGAUAAUCCGCCACCUAGUAUGGAAUCACUAUUACAGAGUAUUCGGUAAUUGGAAGUGUUCGCGUUGUCAAAAGAAAUGGAGGAGCGCCUAUACUUGGAUAUCGCUUCAAAAGUUUAUAACGAAAGCUACAGGAAAACAAUGUUUAAAGGGUGAUUAUGUUAUGCAGAAGUGCAAGGAACGAACGUGCGGUAACGAUGGCAUUAUCUCGAGUUACAAACCUUUAGUACGAUCGGAGAGUGGAGAGCACAAAAGGCAUUUAUGUGAAAAAUGUAAGCGUGGCUAUGAGUGUUUUGAAAGCGGCACCUACUUUGGAUAUCAGUACAUAUGAUGCCAAAUUAUAGUAAUAAUACAGUACAAGCUAGUCAGGAAAGAAUUUAUGAUUUUUUUUAUCAAAUAUUUUUUUGCUCAUUGUAUUUUUGGUAAAAUU